UAUCUCAAAUUCCUUCUCUCUCUUUCUGUCAUUCCUCCUUUGUCUCACCUCUCCCUUCCCUCGAUUCAUUCUCCCAGGCUGUUGAUUCCAUUGUAGUUAAAUCCUGGGCUCCAAAGUUCACUGGAGUUUUCUGAGAAGUGCGUUUUCUCCGUAAGCCGGACGAAACGCACCUCCUCUCUCUUUUGCCUCCUGCUGCUGCUGCUGCUGCGGGGUGCUCUCUCGUUUACUCCUUCUCUCGCUCCAUCCUUCCUCCCUUGCGUCUGAGUAACACUUUUUGAGGAUCUCAGGGAAAGGUCUGUGGUGCUGAGCGAGGGGCCGUGUAAACGAGGAUUGUAAAGGGGAACGCCCCGUGGCCGGUCGUAGAGAUAGAGGGGCCCAGCGAGCUCCUCUGACUCCUCAGUCAUGGGUCUCAUCUCGUAUCUGAAGAGUCAGUUCAUCCUCCAGCUGCUCAUCAGCUUUGUGUUUGUGGUGAGCGGCCUCAUCAUUAACUUCAUCCAGCUCUGCACGUGUGUCCUGUGGCCCAUCGACAAACAGCUCUACCGCAAAAUCAACUGCAGGCUGUCCUACUCCCUCUGGAGCCAGCUGGUGAUGCUGCUGGAGUGGUGGUCCUGUACAGAAUGCACCCUCUACUCCGACCAGGCCACGGUGGACAUGUUUGGAAAGGAACAUGUCAUCAUCAUCCUUAAUCAUAACUACGAGAUCGACUUUCUCUGUGGCUGGACCAUGUGUGAACGUUUUGGAGUUCUGGGGAGCUCCAAGGUCCUUGCUAAACAUGAGCUACUUAAAGUGCCUCUCAUUGGCUGGACCUGGUACUUCCUGGAAAUCGUCUUUUGCAAGAGGAAGUGGGAAGAAGACAGAGAAACCGUUUUUAGGGGGCUACACAGACUCAGAGAUUACCCAGAAUACAUGUGGUUCCUGUUGUACUGUGAGGGGACCCGCUUCACAGAGAAGAAACACCAGAUCAGUAUGCAAGUAGCAGAGAGCAAAGGACUGCCCAAACUCAAAUACCACUUAUUACCCAGGACCAAAGGAUUUACCACUACACUGCAAUGCCUGAAGGGAACAGUUACGGCCGUAUAUGACGUGACAUUGAACUUCAAAGACUCAAAGAACCCAACCCUUCUGGGCAUCAUCAAUGGAACGAAAUACAAAGCAGACUUGUGUGUCAGGCGGUUUCCAGUGGAGGAGAUUCCUGAAGAUGAGAAAGAGUGUGCUAACUGGCUUCAUAAACUUUAUCAGGAGAAGGAUGCAUUGCAGGAGCAGUAUGAGAAAGAGGGUCGUUUCCCCGGCCAGGUCAUUAAACCCCCCCGCCGGCCGUGGACUCUGCUCAACUUCCUGUUCUGGGCCACGCUCCUGCUCUCUCCUCUCAUCAACUUCGCCUGGGACGUCUUCGUCAGCGGCUCGCCCCUCCUCAUCAUAGGAUUCAUCCUCUUCCUCGUUGUUGCCUCAGUAGCAGUACGCCGUCUCAUUGGUGUGACGGAAGUCAAAAAGACAGGCUCUAGCUACGGCGACCAGGAGGCAAAGAAGGAGAACUAGAACUUUCCGCCGUGCUACGGCCACUGUCUGCUCACUCUGUAGUCACUGUACGGUCGCUGCACAGUUCUGGUGCAGUCAUCCUCUUAAACAAAAAAAAAAAAAAAAAAAAAGAAAGGAAAAAAAGAAAGAAAAGAAAUAUUCUCUUUAAGGGCAACCAAGCACGCAGGGGUGGGGGCAUAGCGAGUAUUCCUUAUUAACUAGAAUAAUAAUAUUAAUUAUAAUGAUUGUUACAAUGAACAAAUAAGAAAUACGUACACGCAAAAAAAAAAAAAAAAAACAGAAAACAACAACAACAACAAAAAAAACAAAACAAGACAAGAAACGAAACCUGUCGGAGACCGUCAGUGAAACCCUUCUCCGCCUGACCAAUGGGUGUGGAGACGCUAGCGGGACUAACUGAGUGACUGACACCUGGAGAGGGUGAUUGGCGUUUCUGUGGCCCCACCCUUCUCACAACUAUAUGGCCCCGCCCACCUCGAAGGGGGUCUGCGCACAGCCACGUGGUCCACCGUCUUUCUCGUCCUCGGCAACCUCUUUCCUCGUCCGUCGGAAGCCCCGGCCCCCUCUCCACCCCUCCCCGACCCCCUCUCCACCCCUCCCCGACCCCGAAACAGCCUGCGUCAGGCACCCACUUCCUCCGUGAGCCACACCAGUUGCUCCACCUGUUAUCCAGCGCCUUAUCGUGGACCUUUUUCCUGUCCAACCCUCGCUGAAUUACACACGCUCUUUCAGCCUGGCUCUGCAGCUAUUACCCUCCUUCACCCACCUUCCCCUCUUACCUUCUGCUCUCUCCUCCCUCUGUCUCUCUCUCUCUCUCUCUCUCUCUCUCUCUCUCCCUCCCUCCAGCCGUGAUAGCUGUCUAGUGACUGAAUACACCAGGAGCUUGUCAUCCAUUUGCCUCCAGUCGUACCCUUGCGGUGCCCAAGUCGCACGCCACUACAUUGGGUUUUUCUUUCUCCAACUUCCCUCAUGGCACAACCAGGAUAUUAGCAUGCUGUGAACAUUCCUGUUCCACUCAGUAAAAAAGCCCAUGUAGUAACACCAGACUGUUAUUUUGAACUUUUUGAUUUGUAUUGGCUGGAAAGCUCAAUCGCUAUGGCGUCACCCAUGGGUAAAGUAAGUGGGGGGAAAAAAAAAAAAAAGGAUAUUGUGAAAGAGUCGACAACGAACAACAUGUUUGCCAAUGGAUGAACAUAAACAAAUACAAUGCAGUGAAAAAAAAAAAAAAGAAUUCCCCAGUGUAAGUUGUUGCUGGUCCUGUGUUUCUUUUAUCCAUCCUUCAGCUCACCCUGUCUCUUCUCCCCCAGUUCUUUUGUGGUUGUUAUUUUAACCCUGUCUUUUCACUACUGCAUUAUGGGUAAUGUAGUUCAGGGAGAUUUAAUGCCGUUUAAGAAGGCAGCUUAAGUUUCUUUUCUUUUUUUUUUUUUGGUUCUGUGUCAUUCUAUAAGAGUUUUUUUCCCAGUUUAGGUCAUCAGAGCCCAAUUAUUUAUCUCUUAAAUAAGUAAAACCAUCUCAGUUACACAUGUGUAUAUAUUCAGAAAAUCCAGUGUGACUUCCGUCAUUAAUACACGUUGAAAGUGGAGGCUCAAGAGAAUCCGGACUAAUAUGCUGAGUAUAAUAUAAUACUCUAGUGUCUGAGGCGUCACCCUGUUCUCUGUAACCAGACCUGAACUAGACUAUUUGAAAUCUAGUUCAGUCAUAAUCUAUCUAUAUGUCCUAUCUGUACCUAACCAGAUUAUACAAGCACUGGCGUUCUUAAAAGAGCACGUUCAGGUGAGAUAGCCAUGUCUGUACCGUUUAGGAGUCACAGUAAGGUAAGAACACCAAAAGAAGGCCAGUUUAAUCGUCAUAACACUCAGCAGUCAGAAACCUAUAUUCGUGCCCCAGUUGUCAAGAUCAUUCUGUAGUAGCUAAAAGAGACCCCCCCCCCCAAGAACUACUUAGUGUGUUUGCUCCUCUCCUGGUAUUGAACAGAGCAUGAUACAAUUAGAGUCCAUUUACCCCUGAAAAGUGGAAUCCUUUUUACCCCAUUAAAGUCAUAAAUGAAAGUCACAUCACAUUCCUGCUUGGCUUUUUAGUCAGUCGUCAGAGAGCUGUAUCAUUUUAGCAUCGUGCAGUAUGAGGGAAUGCACAAAUAGUUCAUGUCUCUCUUUAAUCCCAAACCUACUGGCUCCCCAUAGUCACAACUGUAAUAAAUUACACAUUUUUGCUCAUUAUACUUUUUUUUUUUUUUUUUUUUUUGUAAAUUGAGAUUAUUAUAGUGUGAAGGUUUUAAAAACAGGACAGAUUCUUCAUGCAAGCCUUAACGGAUAGUGCAGCUUCAUAGUUGGAUGUACGCAGUUUAAGUAGCCCAUACCUCGUAACUAAUGUCGAAAAGGUGACUCAUGUUUUGAUCAAGCAACUGACGUCGAGACGUUUGGCUCUAUUCUAGUAAAAGAAUAGUACGGUUAUUUUGAUCAAACAACGGAGGUCGAGACGUUUGGCUCUAUUCUGAUAAAAGAAUAGUACGACUAUGGUGGUGACCUCUUUAUUACCGUUAUUUGUUUGUGAAAUGCUAGCGUAGAAUCUACAGGUGGGAAAAUCUCACACGGACAAAAUACGGCUUCAAAUUGCGGGUGUUUUUUUUUAUUCUCCUUUCAGUGUAAAUGAGCUUUGAAGAUUGUUUAAUGGCAGGGAUGGAUUCUUCAUUUACCACAUAUCCUGCAGAUUUAUGCAGGGGCUCAAAGUUCAAACGAGUGUUUUUUUAUGUUUGUUUUUGUUGGAAUUCCAGUUGUGUGCAUACCCGCCCAAGUUUUCACUGUGGGCUUGAAUUGUAUGAAAAUCCAGCCCAUUAGAGAUGUUUUAAUGAUAUAGUCGAUUUAAUUCACCAAAACCCUUUCUUUUUUAUUAUUUUCCGACUCAAUUAAAGGAUUCAGAAUAUGC